ACCUACACUCACUUCCUUGAAAUAAUUACUGGGCGGAGAUAUCUUUCUUGAAGCUGGAAAGUGAAACUGGGAAAACAUUUGGAAUGCGUGAUGCUGCUUGUAGCUGGAAGGUUAACAUUAUCACAGUUUGCAUCUAGAUUGCACCCGAAGUUGCACCAACCCUGAAGCCCAAAGCGGUUAAACCCAAGGCAAACGAAGAUGGCGCCAGAAUCAAGCUUUUCCCCACCUACCAAAUUUCUGCCGGGACCCGGUGAGCCGCAGGAGCCUUGGAAUGACUGGAUAAAGUAUUUUGAGUUGUACAUUACACAAAGAGGCUUGCCAGAGGAAGAGAAGAUAGCACUGUUAAGCGUUUACCUUGGGAAGGAGGGACUGCGCAUCUUAAAUACCUUGACAACGAUUGAAACAUAUGCAGCAAUGAUUGAUGCCCUCACUGCUUACUACAGCAUAGCUCAGGACCCGGAUGAUUCACAAAGAAUCAAACAGAACAGAAAAAGGAUGAUCAUUACAGGAGCAGCAGCAACAGUGGGAGCAGCUGCGGCAGUGGUGGGGGCACCAGUUGCCCUGGGAGUGGCAGGUUUGACUACUGUUGGGGUUGCUGCUGGAGCAACUGCAGGGGGCGCCGCAAUAGGAGCAGGUACAAUUGCUGCAGCAGCAACAGCAACAGUGGGAGCAGUUGCGGCAGUGGCAAUGGCACCAGUUGUCCUAGGAGCGAUAGGAUUCACUGCUGGUGGGAUUGCUGCUGGAUCAUAUGCAGCAAGCAUGAUGUCUGCAGCGGCUGCGGUAAAUGGAGGUGGGAUAGCAGCCGGGGGUCUUGUUGCUGCUCUACAGUCAGCAGGUGCUGCAGGGCUUUCAGGAGUGGCUACAGCGGCGGUGGGGGGUGUUGGAGCUGCAGUUACUGGAGCCAUGGGAUGGGUGGCCGCAGGAGCAGGGUUCUCAGGAGCAGCAGCAGCUACUACAGCAGCUACGGCAGGUGCUGCAGGGCUCUCUGCAACGGCUACAGCAGCCGUGGGAGGUGUUGGAGCAGCAGUUGGGGGAACAGCAGGAUGGCUGGCCUCAAGGACUAGGACACCUGAAGAGGAAGAAGAGACAGGAGCAGCUACAGCAGCUGCUGCAGGAGGUGCUGCAGGGCUUUCAGGAGAGGCUACAGAGGCUGUGGCAGGUGUUAGAGCAGCAGUUGGUGGAGCGUCUGAAGGGGAGGGAGGAGUCGAGGAGAGAGAGCUUUCAGGAGCGACUACAGCAGCUGCAGAAGGUGCUGCAGGGCUUUCAGGAGUGGCUACAGAGGCUGGUGUUAGAACAGCAGUUGGUGGAGCGGCGGGAUGGCUUUUCUCAAUAAUCAGGACGUCUGAAAAGGAGGGAGGAGAGUAAAGAGGGAAGAGAGGAUGAGAAGAGAUCCCGGAAGAGGGCCCUUUACAUAAAUAAAAAAACGGAUUGAUACUGCAACAUUCA